CAGCACUUCGCGUAUUUUAUUUCUUGUUUGUGGCCCCCAGGGAGUCUCUUAUCCCUGUCAAUAAAAAUGUGGGCGUGCAUAGAAGGUCCGUAAAACUCGCGCUGCACCUUCGUCAACCUCCCUGUUUGUUGAAUUUCAAGGCGAUUUUUUUGUUUUUAUGACGUCACAUAACGCAGGCGUAGACGGUGUUCAUAUUUCUGGCUACGCGACCCUCAUGAGGAUCAGAGGUUUGGGCAACGGAUGGAUGGGUGGUUAAAAUAAGCACCUAUGGAGCAAGAUAUAACUCAUUCAACCGAUGUGCUUGAGUUCUAUGCAGGACUUAGGGAGCACAGCACAAAUGAUGCUCCUCUGGAGGAGGAGGCAACUUCAGAACCCGAAUGGGGAAUCACUGAUACAACAUCGGAAGAGGAGGAAGAGAAACCCAUUGGUUUGCCUCAAGAAAAAAAGGGUAAGGAAAAAAACUGUGAUGUACUCUGGGAGGAGGCAGAGGAUGAAGAGGAACCUAGUGCUGCACCUCAAGAUGAGGACGAGGAGGAAACCACAGCCACAUGUUCUCAUGGCGUAAUAGCACCCCAAGAGGACAAAACCACAGCAGCACUUACGAAACAAGAAGCCACUGAUGGACCACGAAUGGAGAACAUUUUUGCAUCAGCUGAGUAUGAUUUUAAAGUAACUGGAGUGACUCGAACGAGUAUGACACCUGCAUCGCUCGCCACUCCAUUCACACAAACGUUUAAGAACUUUCCCUCCAAAGACCACUAUUUUCAGCAACAAAUAGAGCAACGGAAACGAGACUUAGAUUUCAAGCUUCAACAACGCAGAGCCUCCAAUAUGCGGCAGAUGAUUAUGGAGCAGGUUGCAUCGAAUCAGGCACAAAAGGAAUUGGAGCGACAGAAAAAACUGUCUGAAUUGAGCUUGUUGGACAAAGUGCCACCUGCUACCAAGAGCUCGGAGGAUGUCCAAACCAGUGGUGGCCAAUCUGGUGAACAUAAUCAUGCAACAGAUAAAGAGCUUGCUAGCCACAAAGUAACAGAGGAGGAAAAACACAGCGAGGUUGAACGCCACCAGAGAACAAAGGAUAACAAAGAUAAUGAAAGUUGCACAAGCAACCCACAAACGAGGCACAAAGCCGAAAACAAAGAAAAGACCAAAAAACAGUCGAAAGGGGGAUGGUUUAAGAAUUGUUGCAAGAAAAAUACAAAAAACAAAUCAUCAUCCUUGUGAAAAAUGUAUCUCUAUCUCAGCGCUAGUGGUACUUUAUUUGCCCUGGAAUGAGAUACACACUGGGCAUUUACUACUGAUUUAUUGUAGGACAAUAAUAAUCAACUAACAUUGAUUUUCAAUGUACGACAUCAACCAUUACAAGCAACUUACAGUAGAAUUCAUUCACAGUGGCUAGUACAUUUGAAGAUACUGCUUAACAAACCUGUUAUGACUGUCCCUCACAGUCACAAUGAAGUCAAUAGUAAAACGUUUAGUUUUAUUUUGAAAGUACUGUACUGCUUUUGUGCACGUGUGAACACUAAUACAAGCGAGGUAGUGAGCAAGAGCUACAUGUCUGAAGUGUUGCCAACUACACCGUGUUUCCACAAUAUAAAGCGUCUUUUCCGAACUCCCCAAGCAACUUUUUCUGAAAAAAAAAACAAACCAAAAAAAAAAAGGCAAGCAAAAAUAACGUCAGUGGUCCUUAUGUUAGCAACAUUCUUAAUUCCUGCACAGGGAUAGGGAGAGGGCCAGGAUGCCUGACAUUACUCUACGCAAAGAUAAAUGUGCAGUACGAAUCCAUACAGGGUGUAUUAUAAGUCAUCACUGUAUUAUUAUACAUUGCUCUUAAUAAAAUACUUCACACUUUUCAAUUUA